GGGACAAGUCGACGUUGCGUGUGGUUGAAGCGCGAAUAGAACUAUUGUUACGGAAUAUCGAUCCCCUCGGGGAUGACGUAGUAUAGUAAACGGAUGGACGUUGACUCGACCAGGUUAUCUUGGUGAAACGUGUGCCAUCGAAUUUUCAUAGUUAAUAGAAUAAUUCGACGUUGUCAAUAAUGUCUAUGCGUUUUCGAUUGUGUCUUAAACGAAUUGCAAGGGUAUUUCUAAUAUCAAAAGAAAAAGUUUUCAUUCAAGGUAGAAACGUCUUGUGAGUGUCUUUCGCAUGGAGAAAUGGCUUCAAGAUAGUACGCUUUGGCUUUUUGGUAGUACGCUUCCAUUGCUACCAAGAAGAAAAGAGCGCAUGCGUCGUGUACUGUCCAAUGGAUAAAGUCAAACGAGCUUGGGGGAGAGUUUGAUCCUCGGUCAUCGGCGAGAAUGAAGACAGUGCAGUUUGCAUUCUUCACCGGCGUAGCAUGCUUUUUGCCCAACAGUUUACGUCCUUGCCAUGCCUUGCCAAAUAUAAGAAGUCUCGCGCACCAAGCAAGGCGAUGGAACGUUACGAACGGUUGGGACGUCUUGGAGAGGGUAGUUACGGAGUCGUCUUCCAAUGUAAAGAUCGGCAUACAGGAAAAUUGGUGGCUGUUAAAAAAUUUCAACAAACGGAGGACGAUCCUCUUAUACGAAAGAUUGCGCUUCGGGAGAUACGCUUGCUCAAGAAUUUGAAACAUCCAAAUCUGGUGAACCUUUUGGAAGUAUUUAGACGAAAAAGGAAGCUCCAUUUGGUAUUUGAAUACUGCGAGCAUACACUUUUAAACGAGAUGGAGAAAUUCCCGUACGGUUGUCCCGAUCUCAUGAUCAAACAGCUUACAUGGCAAAUUCUUCAAGGUAUUGCCUAUUGUCACCGACUUGGCUGUGUUCACAGAGAUGUCAAACCAGAGAAUAUUUUAAUUACGGCGGAGGGUGUUGUAAAGCUUUGUGAUUUUGGAUUUGCUCGAAUGCUUAGUCCUGGAGAAAAUUAUACGGAAUACGUGGCAACGAGAUGGUACAGGGCACCAGAAUUAUUGGUUGGGGAUACCCAAUAUGGAACUCCCGUAGACGUAUGGGCAAUAGGGUGUGUAUUUGCCGAAUUAAUACGAGGAGAAGCCCUAUGGCCUGGCAAAUCGGACGUGGACCAACUUUAUUUGAUAAGAAGAACUGUAGGCGACUUAUUACCAAGGCACAUUGCCAUAUUUCAGCAAAACGAAUUCUUCGCUGGUAUAACACUUCCAUCGCCGCAAAAGCUUAUACCAUUUAAGGAUAUUUUUCCUGAUAGACCCAGUACACUCUUACAGAUUGAUUUUUUGGAGAAGUGCUUGGACAAAGAUCCAAAUGUAAGGUGGACGUGCGAGCAGCUUCUACAGCAUGGAUACUUUGAAAAUUUUCAUUUUAAAAUUCCUGACGUGGAAUUAGAAGAAUUCGAGAAACUCAAAAAAUACAGAGAUCGUUCGCGAUUAAGUCAGAUGAAUAGUCAUGCGAUCGAAGACCAUGGAUACAGGACUGAUAAUUCGAAAUACAAUCAAAUGCUACUACCGCAACUUCCUCAAAUGAACGUUGUCACGCAUGGUCAAAAUGACAAUCGGCCUAAAAGCACGAGUAUGCAACAUCAGCAAGGCUUCGAUCAUUUGCCUACGAUAAGAGGCUGCAAUUAGUAUUGUAAAGUAUAUCUACUUGUGGUUCGUUAGUUAUACAUAUAUAAUACAUUAUACAUAUGAUGAUAAUGAUGACGAGGACG